AGACACGAACCUGAAUGUGAGAUAUCUUCACAUGAAACUAAAGGAGUGGUCUGAAUGUAGGAGAGGGAUCCAGGGGAUGUCAGCCCCCUACCCAGACCAGCGACCCAGCACCAACGGCCUGAGGAGAAAGGUCUAUGUGUUCCAGUCCAGGAGGAACUACCUGCACAACUUCAUCCAGAGUAUCUUCUCUUCCAUUGACCUGCGCGAUCGCCAGGGUUCAACCAUGGUGGUGGGGGGAGACGGACGCUUCUUCAAUCGAACGGCUACUCAGGUCAUUGUGCAGAUGGCAGCUGCCAAUGGGGUGGGUCGUCUGAUCAUUGGACACCACGGGAUAAUGUCCACGCCAGCCGUCUCCUGUAUGAUCAGGAAAUGCAAAGCCAUCGGAGGCAUCGUUCUCACUGCCAGCCACAACCCCGGUGGACCUGAUGGAGACUUUGGCAUUAAGUUUAAUACUGCAAAUGGAGGCCCAGCCAACGAAGCAGUCACAAACAAGAUCUUUCAGAUCAGCAGGACCAUUGAGGAGUUUCCCAUCUGCCCUGGACUACAAGUGGAUCUGACAACCAUGGGAAAACAGACCUUUGACCUGGAGAACAAGUUCAAGCCAUUCACAGUGGAAAUCGUAGACUCUGUGGAGUCCUACGCUAACAUGCUGAGGAACAUCUUUGACUUUGCUGCUCUGAAGGAGCUUCUGUCUGGCAAGAACCACUUCAAGAUAAGACUGGAUGCCUUGCACGGAGCGGUAGGACUCUACGUGAGGAGAAUACUGUGUGAUGAGUUGGGUUGUCCUGCCAGUUCUGCCAUUAACUGUGUCCCUAAGGAGGAUUUUGGAGGUCAACACCCAGAUCCUAACCCCAUAUACGCUACAGAUCUGGUUGACAGCAUGCGAGACGGACAGUAUGAUUUUGGUGCAGCAUUUGAUGCCGAUGGGGACCAGAACAUGAUCCUUGGUAAACAUGGCUUCUUCGUCACCCCAUCUGACUCCGUGGCUGUGAUUGCUGACAACAUUUUUUGCAUCCCGUACUUUCAGCAUGCAGGGGUGAGAGGUUUUGCUCGUACUAUGCCCACAAGUGCAGCAUUAGACAGAGUAGCCAAGGCAACGAAAAUCGAGCUAUAUGAAACUCCCACUGCCUGGAAGUUCUUUGGGAACCUCAUGGAUGCAGGCAUGCUGUCUUUGUGUGGAGAGGAAAGCUUUGGUACAGGAGGAGACCAUAUUCGUGAGAAGGAUGGGCUUUGGGCUGUGCUGGCAUGGCUGUCUAUCCUGGCCACCAGAAAGAAGAGUGUGGAAGAUUUAGUUAAGGACCACUGGCUAAAAUAUGGAAGAAACUACUUCACCAGGUAUGACUACGAGAAUGUAGACAUAGAUGCAGCAUGUGAAAUGAUGGAGGAUUUGGAGAUCACAAUCACCGACAAGACCUUUGUGAGGCAAAGAUUUGCUGUGGAAGACAAAAUCUACCAGGUGGAGAAAGCAGACAGCUUUGAGUAUGCAGACCCGGUAGACGGCACCAUUUCCAGGAACCAGGGGCUGCGGAUAAUCUUCUCUGAUGGUUCUCGAAUCAUCUACAGACUCAGUGGGACCAGUUUUGAUGGGGCAACAGUUCAAAUCUAUCUCGACAGCUACGAGAAAGAACACGUUUUUGGGGAUGCACAGGUGAUGCUGGCACCCCUUGCCACUAUCGCUCUAAAGAUUUCUCAGCUUCAUCACAGGACCGGUCGAACUGGUCCAUCUGUCAUUAUAUGAUUCCUUAUCAAUUGACAAAAUAACGCUCUUUUUUAAGUUUUACCAUCCUGUUUUUUGUGUUUGUGUUUGUUUUUUAUAAAGGAAGUCUCAAAUCCAGUUGUAGCUACAUAUUAUGCAAAAGU